UUAAUUUGGAGGACAGCCAUUUGCUAUUCUUAAAACUCAACUGUGUGCUUCAGUGUCGAGGGAGAGAUCUCCGUUCUCCCUCCACUUCUUUUCGGCUGCCUGUGGCUUUGUCUGGAGCUCUGCCUUAAAUCAGUCAUGAGCUCCAGCCUUGUCAACUCUUUAGCCAAAGUCUACGAUCCGAAUCCUCUUCACGGUCAGAAGCCUGGCGGAAGGAAGCUCUCGCUUAAUGGAUCAGACAAGUCCCAAGCUUCUUCAUCAUCACCUUCCUCCUCUCACGAUGCCGCCCUGCGCUGCGUGGAGAGCCGAAUGGACUCGCUGAGCUCUCAGAUGGAGUGUUUGCUCAACAUGCAGCACACCGUCUUGACCCGGCUGGAUGGCUUGUCCCAGGACGUCAGGGGCAUGGGUCAGGAUCUGGCCUCUAUGCGCGAUGAUGGCCACGGGGGGAGACACAGGUCUGGGGUGGAGGCGGCAUGCAGAGAGCUGCGUGGGGUCGUGGAGGGGGCCAGCGAGCGGAUGGAGAGUCAGGGACGCAGGCUGGAAGGGGUAGAGAGGCUGGUGGAGGGCACCCAGCAGGUGAUCAGCUUCAUUGGGGAGGUGGUGAAGAGCUCCAGGCUGGUGGAGAUGCUGUUUAAACAGCCUGGAAAGAAGGCUAAAAAGAAGGCAAAGGAUGACAAGGAGAAAGCCAAACUGAGCCUGAAGGGCUUGAAGGCCCAGAAGAAGAGGAGGCCUGCGGACACGUCAGACACGUCCUCGCUGAAUGAGCCAGUGCUGCAGGAGCAGGUGGAAAAGCUCAACAGGCAGAACACCGAGCACUCCCAUGGAAAAGCAGAGGCUGGCAAUCAGAGGAGGGAGGAGAGAGGAAGACAGGAGUCUGCAGAGCUGAUCCUGGACGGACCACACACCUCUGCCGCCCAGUCAGAGGACAGGAAGGAGGCAACCAAGGAGAAAGAGGAGGAAGAGGAGGAGGAUGUCUUUGAGGACUCUGAGUCCGAGGACGAACAGGGGAAGGCAGAAGAUGUUCGUCCAGAACAGGCUGGCAAAGUGGAGGAUGAUGGGAAGAAAAAGCAUAAAGGAGAGGCAGUUGACGCCCUAAGCGUCAACGCAGAUAUCUGCAAGACCUCUCUCCUAUCACAGGAAAGCUCUGAGGAGGUGGGCGAUGCGGCCACAUGCAGCAAACGUCGUGUCGCAGAAGAAGACCCGGUGAAGGACGACCUGAAAAAGAGCAGAGUGGAAGACGGUGAAGUGAAAAAUGCUGAUGGGCAGGUGGUGGAGGGGGGCGAGCCUCAGGCCUCCAAAUCUGACGAGGGAAAGACAGAGGUGGAAGAGGAAGGGAAGGAUGAAGAGUCAGCGGUGAAGGAAUUUAUAAUUGACUCAAGCCCUCCGCCGUUGGCACCUUUCGACCACCGCAUCGUGACUCCCAAACCCCAUCAGAUAGCCAGCUACUACACUAUCAACAGAGACGAGGUCCUGGGAGGGGGACGUUUCGGACAAGUCCACAAGUGCAUAGAGAACUCGUCCGGUCUGACGUUGGCUGCCAAGAUCAUCAAAGCCAGGAGCCAGAAAGAGAAGGACGUGGUGAGGAAUGAGAUGCAGGUGAUGAACCAGCUAAAUCACGCCAACCUCAUCCAGCUGUAUGCCGCCUUCGAGUCGCGCCAUGACAUCAUCCUGGUCAUGGAAUAUGUGGAGGGAGGAGAGCUGUUUGACCGCAUCAUUGAUGAGAACUACAACUUGACAGAGUUGGACACCGUGCUGUUCAUACGCCAGAUCUGUGAAGGGCUGCAGUACAUGCAUAAGAUGUACAUCCUGCAUCUUGACCUUAAGCCGGAGAACAUUCUUUGUGUCAGCAGAGCGACUAACAAGAUUAAAAUCAUUGACUUUGGCCUGGCCAGGAGGUAUAAACCCAGGGAGAAGCUGAGGGUCAACUUUGGAACCCCUGAAUUUUUAGCUCCUGAGGUCAUCAACUACGAGUUUGUUUCAUUCCCCACAGACAUGUGGAGCCUUGGCGUCAUCACUUACAUGCUGCUCAGUGGCUUGUCUCCGUUUCUAGGGGACGACGACAACGAGACACUGAACAACAUCCUGGCCUGUCAGUGGAACUUUGAGGAAGAAGAGUUUGCGGACAUCUCGGACGAGGCCAAAGACUUCAUCACCCUUCUGCUGGUGAAGAGUAAGAGCUGGAGGAUGAGUGCAGCAGAGUCCCUCAGACACCCCUGGCUGUCAGACCGGAGUCUGCACUAUCGACUUAACCAGAAGAAAAACAAGUGCCACUCCACACAUGCUCCUUCUCCAGAGAGCCAGACAGAAAAACUGUGAGGCCCUCAGCAUGCCUUUUCACAAUGUAGAGCCCUGGAGCGCAACACUGGACCAAUGCUGCUGUACCUGUAUGGCUACUGGAUAACUACUCUUGCAUCCUCGUGUUAGCUUAGCUCAACAGCUUGUAGUUCUGGCCUGAAUAGCGUGAUCGGGCCCGCAGGAGAAAAACAGACUUUUUUUGUAACGCUGCCGUCGAGGCACAAACCAUCUGCAAGCAUGCUUACUGUCCCGUAGAGCACAACGCUUCAGACUGAACCAGUGAGGACUCACUCGCUCUAUGGUGGAGUGUACAACGACCUGUAUCGCAAUGGUUGAUCCAAAAUAUUAGAGACUAAAGACCUGAAUUGCUUCUGCAACUUCCACGUGUACCACCGAAAAAAAAAGGUAAAGGAGCAGUCCAGCAUCAGACACUGUUAUUCUCCCUCUGACAGUCCUGUUGUCCUGAUUUGUUGCAUGCUUUGCACUUUUUGGCCUAUUUCUUUAAGAUUUAGCAAACAACUUUAAGCAAAAUAUAGACUGAAUGUUACUAUUUAAAUAUUAUAUUUUUGUGAAUACAGAUUUUUUUCUUUCUUUCUUUUAAUUUACAAGUCUUAUAAAAAUGUCAUUCUUUCUUGAACAUAAGGUAACUAAAAAUACAUGUUGGUUGAAGUUGAAGACACACCACAUUUAUUUAUUUUGUAUAUAACACAACAUUGUAUACUCUCAUUCCCAUGAGAAGUGAGAAUAUCUCAAUGACUGAAUACUUCCUGGUUCGAGCCAUAUUCAGCCCACAUUUCUGGUACAUUUUCACUGUAGACUGAUGGAUUGCCUUCUGUGUGCGUUCAUGCCACUAGCUCGCCUUCACUUUGGCAGUUUGGAGUAGCCCCCCCACUCACCUUCCAUGAAGGCAUAACGAACAACAGAAUACUACCUAUGAUUUAAUCAUGUUUAUGACUGAAGUGGAUUCUUAUGUUCAUUUAUUUACUGGUUCAACGCCAGACUGUACUUGAAGUGUAAAGCUUUUAUUCAAGAUGAGAUUUCUUUCACGGGAGUCGAAAAAGGUUUCUCCAUACAUGACAAAUAAAGAACCUUGAACCUCGAGCACAUGUAUGGUGUAAAUGCACAGUUCAGCUUGAUGGUGCGCCAACAACAGAGCGGAGACAACAUCAGUCAGUGCUUUAUUGUCCCGUUCUCUAUAAGAAUUGAAGAUUGGAAGUUGGAUGAAUGUUUGUCACUCAGUUGUUGGCUACUUCAUUUGGAAAUGGAAAACGCUUUGUGAUUUUAAAUACUUGUUUAUUUGAAUUGAUGAUACUUUUUCAAGUUUUCUUGUUUAAUGAUGAGACAUAAGUAAACGUAGAAUAUAACUAAGCAAAUGAAUAAAGCGCACCAGAAAACAUU